AUGGCGUCUCCCGCUCCGACCCCACUGCUGGUGGUGACGCUUCUCUUCCGGUCCAAGCCCGACUUCGGCUGCCUACCGCAUGUGGUGAACUCCGUGUCCGCGUACCUCGACUCCUCCGUCCAGCUGCCCAUUGUGAAGGCCUGCACGUUCGGGUCCAUCCCCCUAUUGGAUCGAAUCUGGAACAGUUCGAUUGACCCCGUGAAUGGGCAAUACGCGUCCUGGUCCAUUCGGAAACUAUUACGCACAGAGAGGAGGUACCGCGCCUGCCAGUUCACGUAUUCCAUGUUGGAGGCAAUAGAGCGUCGAGACUUCGAGAUGGUCACGUGGUUGAUGGAGCAUUUUCCCGGUGAAACAGUGUGGGGCACAGUGGUGACCAAAGCGGCGGAGGUGGGGGCGCUGGAUAUUCUGCAGUACCUGAAGGAGAAAGAUGAGGGCGGUGAGCUACCAAACUACGAUUCGGACAGGGACAAGGAGAUGGAGGAGGUGACUCCUAAACGAGCCAUCGGCUGGGGCGAGUGCGACGCUGCCAAAGCGGCUGCGGCUGGUCACAAGGACGUCGUCAAGUGGCUGUACGAACACGCGGGAAGUGAUGAAAGAGACGACGGCGAGACGUUCAAGGCUGCGGUGGGUUCCGGCGACGUGGAGUUGGUCAAGUGGCUGAUGGCGAAACUUGACGAUGUGCCUGAAAAGGGGAUGCAGGACGCCGCUGCUAAUGGACACUCGGAGAUGGUGCGGUGGAUGGACGAAGAGUGUUUCGGGUCUCACUUUGACACGGGUAGACUCAUUCGAGCGGCGGAGAAAGGUCAUGUCGAUAUCGUUCGCUGGCUUGUCGAGCGAGAAUUUGAUAGCGACGAUGAAGAUGAAGUUGGGGAGGAUGAGGACGAAGACGAAGGGAUGAAGACUGCAAGUGAGGUUACGAGUGUUGGUGGAGAAGCUACCCUCGCAAUUGAGGCUGCUUUGCUCAAUGGUCAUCAUGACAUUGCCCAGUACCUCUUUUCUCGCGCGGAAAAGCCGCUGAAGCCCUCUUUCAACGCGAAAGAGCGCGUGAGACGGUGGAAACUGAUCGAGUGGUUACAUCGUGACAUCGGCCCCGCUAAUAUCAGUGACAAGCCCCGAAGUGGAAUCAUGCUGGAGCUGGUGAUCAACGGUCGACUAGAUGCAGUGAAGUGGUUCUACACAGAGUACUCGAAGAACCUGGCGAUCAACUUGUUUUGGAACUAUGAUGAGGAUGAGGACACAUACUUCAGCGUACUUGAUGCUGCAGCAGAACACGGACACUUGGGUAUCGUGAAGUAUCUGGAUAAGAUGUGUAAACUGGUGACACCUGAAGAGAAAGCCAAGCGUGAGGAGCUCUCUAACAUUGACUACAGUGAUCCUGAUUGGGAGUUUGAGGUGGAACAAAACCGAAAAGAAGGCUGUUCAUCUGUCGCGAUGGACUUUGCAGCGAUGCGGGGGCACCUGGAUGUGGUUCAAUGGCUGCAUGACCACAGAUCCGAAGGCUGUACUACGCAUGCCAUGGUUCAUGCAGCGAGGCAAGGACACCUACACGUCGUCGAGUGGUUGCAUGAUAAUCGGAGCGAAGGCUGCACUUCUGAGGCUAUGGAUCUCGCUGCAAGGGGAGGACACCUACACGUCGUCAAAUGGCUUCAUGAACACCGGGAUGAAGGCUGCACGACAGACGCAAUGGAUGGGGCGGCAGCCUCUGGCCACCUCGAAGUCGUCAAGUGGCUACACAGCAAUCGGUCAGAAGGUAGCACGACCAGCGCCAUGGACGAUGCUGCGAGGAAUGGCCACUUAUCAGUUGUUCGGUGGCUCCAUGAGAAUCGUCGUGAGGGUUGCACAGCGCUGGCAAUAGGCAACGCAGCUCUUGGCCGACACUUCGAGGUCAUGCUGCUGCUGCACCGGGUGCGAGAUGAAGGUUGCAAGGUAGUAAUGACGAAAGACGAUCUGCUCAUGUCCGAGAUCUUCCAGUGGCUGAUGGAACACUACCGCGAUGCGAUGUUUGCGGGGUUACAGGCAGCGUAGAUUUCAUGUGGUAGUCUAGGAUGCAUGUACCGUACUCACAAAAUAAAUGGGUUGCCACGUU